GCCAGGAACAGAGCGAAGCUUUUUUUCCUCUCUUUUUUUUGGCUCUAUAACAGCUCUGAAUCUCAAGUGACCUUUCAGCCUCCCUUGAGCGCAGCGCUGGGUGGAGAAUCAGUGUCAUUUCGGUACCAAUAAUAGACGGGGAAGGAAAGGCGCAUCUGCGGGAUAAAUUACUUUUCACUCCUCCGGUUCUUGAUGUCCCCAUUGAAACUUCCUUUCAAAGAACAGGGUGUCUCCUCCCCACAGGAGAGACAAUAACAAAUUGAGAAAACACCUCCCCAGGCCUCCGGGCAAUUAAAGUUCCUGCUCGCUCAGAAUCAUCGCAGGCGUGCCAAGGUUUUAUUGUGCGCUCCAGAAAUAAAUAGCUCCCGUGCUCACACGCACACACGCAGAGCAAGCCAGCUCUGCCACGGGCAGGGCGCCACACCCGUCGCUGGCCUCCCCAGCCAUGUCCUUCAGCCACCUGAAGUUCAAGGAGCUGGGGGAAGAGGAGGCGAACGCGGACAAGGAGACCCUGGACAGCGUGAAGGCUCUGACGGCCAAGCUGAAGCUGCAGACGAGGAGGCCGUCUUAUCUGGAGUGGACGGCCCGAGUGCAGAGCCCGUCCUGGAGGAGCGGGGGGAAGGAGGGAAGCAUCGGCCUGCUGAAGGAGGAGCAGGGCGGAGAGGGGAACCCGGCCGACGCGCCAUCCAGGAGCAUCUGUGGGUUCGGCACCAUGGAGGAUGCCCUGGCGUGGCUGAGGAAGGAGCUGCAGGAGAUGCAGGCCGUGGAUCACCAGCUGGCCCAGCAGCUGAUGCGGCUGGGGGGCGGAGCCCACAAGGAGAUGCUGGACGAUGCCACCUUCGGCCUGGAGGGCUGCGAGGAGGACUCCGACCUGCUCUGCAACAUUCCCCCCAAGGCGGCCUUCCUGCUCUCCACCCCGCUCAAGCACAUCGGGGUCACCCGCAUGAACAUCAACUCCCGGCGCUUCUCCCUCUGCUGACCCCCUGCCCGGGGCGGGGCCCCUCUUCACAGCCCGGCCAUGCCCAGGGGGGUUUGCCAGGAUCCCUUUCUGCCCCCAGACCGGGCCCACGGGCUUGCGCACGCUGGGAACCUGCAGCUCAAGUGCAGGUCAUGAGCUGCCAGGCCGGGUUCUAUCCCCAGCCUCCUGGUCAGCCCAGUUCCAGCCUCAGAGGCGAGGG